AUGGGCGUCUUGGGCCGGCGGUUCCUGAAUCUGAUCGUGGCCGGCUGCUCCCCCGGCGUCAAAUCGCUGCGCCGCAUCAACCUGGCGCAGCUGCUUUACCGUGACACACCACCACCACCAUCAAAGACGACGGAGAUGGAGACGCUUCGGCUUCCUCGUCCAAGCUUCACCUUGCGUGCUCUAAACAACGGAUGGAACCUGAACUGCUUCCCGUUCGCGGACUCCAAGGUCAUCUGCGGGGAUGAUCAGUCGGGGCUCGGCUUCAUCUUCGACCUGGACACACGCAAGGUGGGAACCAUGCCCCCGCUCCCCAAGCUGCCGACGGUGAAGCCCGUCUCCGUCUUCGCUCACAAGCCCCACGUCGACGACGACAGAUUUUGCCAUGACAACGGUAGCAGCCUCUUCCUCAUGGAGAGGGUUCCAAUGAAGUGCGGGAGAGCCAGCAGUUCAUGGGCUUCAACAAAUGCUUCACCUGCCGCCUCCUUCCGCCGCCGCCGUUUGUACGAGAGACAUGGAGCUGCAGACCACACGUGGAGCCAAGUUGGCGAGUGGACGCUUCCCUUCCAUGGCAAGGUCGAGUACGUGCCUGAGCUCAAGCUCUGGUUUGGCCUCUCCGCCGCCGGUGGCCAGCAGAACUUGGCUGCUGCUGACCUCUCUGACGUCAUGGAUUCCCAGCCAUGUCAGCUAGUGGGCGGCCCUUGGAAGGAGCUUGAUCAUCUGCCAGAUGAAUGGAAGGAAUGCAAGGAUCCUCAGUUUGUCAGCCUGGGUUCUGGCAGGUUCUGCAUUGCAAGGUUCUUCCAAGAAGCUGCAGGCUCUGCUGGUGAUCAAGUGAUCCAUGAAAAUGCUGCUGUCUUUACUGGUCUUGAGGUCAAUAGCGGUGGCAAAGGUGGCACUGCAGGAAAAGUGUUACUGCAAAUGACCCCUCACAGAUCAAGACGUGUCAACAGCACUAGCAUCGAGGCAUUGUUCUAUAAACAAAUAAUUUUGGUGCUUAAUUUGCUCUUCAGGCUCACUGUUUUAUCCAUUAUCUAUCUUCUGAUUUCUGAUGAGGUAAUUCAUUGUCAUCAUGGAUUUCGUCAUUCUCCUGAAGUGCAGUGA